AUGAAACAAAUUACUCUUCAUCAUUCUCAAUUGAAACAAACUCUUGCUCAACAUAUUGCAAAUCCUUAUCGUCAUCCAUUCAUGAAAAAAAUCGAUGAUUGGGGAGCACAAUGCAUAGAGAAGAUUCGUAAAGCUGCUGACGACGCUCGAAAGCAAUUACAGAAUGUUAUCAGCAGAAAAAUUUAUAGUAUACAGGACGUAUUGACAGAUAUGACACAAGAAAUAAGGGUGGCUAAUGACCGUGCUAACUUUGUCGAAACAGACUUGAAACAGUGGAAUGAGAAACUCCAUCAAUUAAAUAGAAAUUUGACUGCACCGAUAGGAAUUGAUAUUCGUCAAGAUGAGAAUGGGGCUCCGUUUAUUUCCAAGGUUUUAGUUAGCGAAAUAACGACUGAUAUUUUUGAACGAUCGACUGAUCAUAUACGAAUUGACAACAGAGGAAAAGUCGCUGUAAAUACAGGAUCAACUGAUCAUGCAUCAGUGCGUUGCAAAGGUGAAUAUACUUCAGAGCAAUAUCAAUUUCGUGUCAAAAUCGAAGAGUUAAAUACACAAAAAUGGAUUUUUUUUGGAAUUAUGUCAAAAAAUACUAUAUUACCUACAAAAUCAUGCACCAGUCAAACGACUUAUGGUUGGGCCGGAUACAAUCAAGUCUAUCUUAAUGGUAUUAGUCAUUCCAACUAUAAUGGAUACAAAAGUAAUAUGCGAAAGAAAUGA